AUGGGAUUUGCUACACUCAUUGAGAUGUGGGUGUUCAUUUGUGUGCCUAUCUGGGGCGAAUGGGCCAAAACAGUUGCGUGGGCUUUAUGGAUGAUAGACGUGGUAGCUGCGGCUUCUGUGACUCUGUCCCUGUCAUUUAUUUUAAUAUCUCAGCGCUACAUUACCUCCCUAGAUCGGAUCACUGCGGUUCAAUUAUUGCCUAUCGCAGCAACCAUUGUGGCAGCAGGUACUGGCGCAGAGGUUGCUAUUAUCCUACAAGACAAACAACAUGCACUGGGAACACUCCUCGUCUCGUUUAUUCUCUGGGGAAUGGGCACUCCGUUGGCUAUUGCGGUAUUGGUGAUCUAUUAUCAGCGACUAGCAGUGCAUAAGCUUCCACCGAGGGAAGUAAUUGUGAGCUGCUUUCUACCCCUAGGGCCUCUUGGCUUUGGUGGUUUUGGCAUCCUUUACAUUGGGAAGGUAGCACGGAUAUUGUUGCAGGAUUCCCAAUUCCUGGACCCUAUCGCGGGCCAAAUGGCAUAUGUCUUGGGUGUCUUCAUAUCCCUCAUCAUGUGGAGCUUCGGCCUGAUUUGGCUCGUAUUUGCUUUAGCUACAGUUCUAUACAGCUCUCCAUUUCCUUUCAAUAUGGGCUGGUGGGGAUUUACGUUCCCGCUUGGGGUGUAUGCCGCAAACACUAUUGAAUUGGGGGUUGAAAUGGACAUCAUCUUCUUCAAAGUGUUCGGCACGGAAUAUGAGUUUCCCUUCUUGCAGGAGGUGUUCUCUCCUCUUGAAUCACACAAGGUCGAUCUUGUCUUCGUUCAUGGCCUGAACCCAAGCGGUCGAAAUGAUCAUCCUUUCCAGACAUGGACACAUAGCAACGGCAAAUUUUGGCCGAGAGACUUCCUGGCCGAGGAUAUUCCGUAUGCGCGGGUCUUUGUCUAUGGAUAUAAUUCAAAUAUCACGCAUUCACAGACCAUGUCCACGGCAAGUAUCAAGGACCACGCGAAUACCCUGUUGAAUUUAUUGGAUAUGGAACGCGGUCCCCAGAUGGGUUCUCUUCCACCGAAAGUGAUAUUUAUCGGACAUAGUUUGGGAGGAUUAGUGAUCAAGCAGGCACUUCUCAAUGCUAAAGAAGAUCCCAAAUAUACUUCUAUCCGUUCGGCAACUUCUGGUCUCGUCUUCUUCGGGACACCUCAUCGUGGCGCGAAGGCUGUGGAACUGGGGAAAAUUGCAGCCCGCGUUGCCCGCUUUGUCUCCAAAGGCCAUGCCAGCAAUGACCUUCUCGACUGCCUGGAACAUAAUUCACUCUUUACUCGGCAAAUGACCGAUCGGUUUCGACACCAACUCGAGGAUUAUCGUGUUGUUAGCUUUAUCGAAGGGAAGGAGGUGCAGAUAGGGGGAGUUGGACCAGCAUCUAUCAGCCAUCUUGUGGUUGAUGAAGAGUCUGCGGUUCUUGGAUUGUCUGGUUUACGGGAAACUCAACUCAAGCUCGACGCAGAUCACUCACAGAUGUGUAAGGUUGGCGCUCGGGGUCCUAUGUACCGUUUGAUAAAAGGAAAUAUCAAACAAUUAGUCGAUCAGGCGCUUUUGUCGGAGCAAGGCUUUGUUCCACAAAUGCCUCCAAGUACUGCAUCAUCUCCACCGCCCGUGCCCCCACGCAUUCAUUCUAAUAGCAGCACGCCAUACCAGGUGCCGGGUCGCUCAUAUCCGGCGCAGAGGGUGACAGGAGUGAUUUUCAAUGCUCUGGAUACCGACCCACGAUCUCUUCGUGCUGCAGAACUGAAGAAUGGGGCUCGAUGGGACGAAGCUCGAACUGUCGAAUAUGAGAUUUUCCAGGAGCAUUUGCGCAGCCUUGGUCCAGAUCAUUUUAGUACACUAUCAGUGGCAUAUCACCUGGCUGAAGUGGAACUGGAAACCAGCUACUUGGACAAGGCAAAUGAAUGGUGUCAAUGGGUGUCUGAAAACGCUCAACGCGUCUUUGGGACAAAGCAUCCCCUGACAAUGAAAACGGAAAGUUUGGCCGCAGAGGUGCUGUGUCAACAGGGCAAGUAUCAAGAAGCCGAGUCGGUCUGCGCCAACGUGUUAGCCCGCCAGCAAAUGAAUAUCGGCGAAGACCAUUUGGAUACCUGUGAAACUCGGCGUCGACUAGGGAUUACCUACAAUGCGCUGGGUCGCCGGCAAAAUGCCGUGAUGACUGCAGAAAAGCUAACAGACACCCUGAAGCGUCUGCUUGGAGAAACCCACAUUCGUGUCUUCGGCUCUGUAUUGGACACUUUGGAAUACAUUAUUAGUACCCAAUCUGGGGACGCAAAUACCCUAAUUGUUAUGCGUUUUCAGCCUGAUGUCCAACAAGCGGUGGAAAUGUUGUUACAGGUCUACCAAGAGCUUCGGACUGCAUUGGGCCAUGCACACCCGUCUACUAUCCGCGCUCUCUGUCUCCACGGCCGGGCACAAAGCCUUAUGCAGCAGAGUACGGAGGCCUCGGAGACGCUGCGACGGGCUUUGGCCAGUGCAGAAGAAGCGUUAGGGCCCGAUCACCCGCUAACGAUGGACAUCGUGGGCAACAUUGGCGUCAUGUACGCUCUGCAAAACGGCUAUAUUCAAGGUAUACUCACCAACAAUCGUGCUGCGGAAGCCUUCCCCUGGUUGAUACGAUAUCUGAACUGGGUUGAGCAUCGCAAGGGCAAAGACAACAUCGAAACUCAAAGCACAUUGGAGUUGCUGGGUAAUUUACACUUCAACGCCAAGGAGUACGAACCUGCCCAGCAGUACUAUGAGCGCAUUGUGGCGUGUUCGACCAGGACUGACUCCAAAGCGACCGAACGCGUCAACAACCAUCUCCAACUAUGUAGGGCGAAUACCAUGUACACCCGCCGGGGCCUAGGGUCGGGAAUAGGAGGAUUUUUGUCCAACUUGCAGCGAUAUUGA